AUGGUACAUAAUUAUCAGAAAAAGAUUGAUGAACUUUUGAAAAAAGCCCGUUCACAAGAUUCAAGCAAUAUUGUUAAAACAAGUAUUGCUACUGGUAAAUUGUCACCAGAAAAAUCACAACAACUGUUAGAAGAUGCGUGGUCCAGUAAUUCAAAAGUUGGUGUUGGAAACGGAUAUAAUUUAGUUGUCAAUUCAAGAAAAAGAAAGAGUACAAAAAUCAGCAAAAUACAUAAAAUUUUAAAACCAUCACGUAUUAAUAAAAAAAGAAUACUAUUUCCCAAAGGAAGCAAUACAUCACCUAAAUCACCAGAAUAUUAUUCGUCUUCUUCAGAUUCAAGUUCGGACUCUACUUUAAAUACUAGAAAAAAAUUGAGGAGUCGAGAAUUCACACCUGAAAAAAUUUCAAGGAACCAAGAAGAAACACCUACAAAUGCAAAUAUACUAGAAAAUUAUUUUCAUUCUGAAGGUAAACAUCAAAAGGCGAAUAGAUCAAUUAGAACCUUCACUGAAGAUAAUAUAGAUGAUGCUUCUCCAGAUACUAAAAGUAUUUUAACAUUAGCGAAAAAUUGCAAUUCGGAUGAUGGAUUUAAUUUACUAUUACAAAAUUAUCAAAUGGAAAAUGAAACAUCCACAUCCACUGAUUCAAUAAUAAAUCAUAUGGCAACUAUAAUAAAUACAGAAAAUGUCUUAGCAAUAAAUACUAAUAAUUUUAGUAUACGUCAAAUUGGAGUAUUGGGAUCCUAA